GCUAAAGAAUGGAUGUUCCUCUGCACUGAGGUGCCUUUGCUCACAUUUGUCAAAGAUGACAUGAGCCUUUCAGCUGAUAAAUCAACUCUUCUGCUCCUGUCUUCCACGAUUUCACGCCUCUGCUGGUCAGGGUACCAUGGCAACUAGGAUGAAGCUGAAGCUGAAGACUGUGUUUGUGCUCUACUUCAUGGUCUCCCUCCUGGGCCUUGUCUAUGCACUGAUGCAGCUAGGUCAGCGCUGUGACUGCACGGAGCACGACAUGCCGAAAGACCGUACCAUAUCUCGACUGCGGGGGGAACUGCAUCGUUUUCAGGAGCAGAUAAGGAAGUCGGAGGCGACGAAGCAGCCACAGAAACAGCCGGCUAAGCCCACCAUCUUUGUCAUCACCCCAACAUACGCAAGGCUGGUGCAGAAGGCCGAGCUGACUCGUCUGUCCCACACCUUCCUCCAUGUUCCUCAGCUCCACUGGAUCGUUGUGGAGGACUCGCCACACAAGACGCCACUAGUGACUGACCUCCUGGUGAAGAGUGGCCUGACCUACACACACCUACACAUGCCCACCGCCAAGGACCGCAAACUGCAGGAGGGUGACCCCAGCUGGCUGAAGCCUCGCGGAGUUGAGCAGAGGAAUGAGGGUCUACGGUGGCUCAGAGAGGACAGAAGGGCUCAGCCAGGAGGGGACAACCAGCAGGGAGUGGUUUACUUCGCUGACGACGAUAACACAUACAGCCUGCAGAUAUUUGAAGAGAUGAGGACUACCGAGCGAGUGUCGGUGUGGCCGGUGGGGCUCGUUGGAGGGAUGAAAUACGAGAGGCCGGUGGUUGAAGGAGGAAAGGUGGUUCGCUUCCAUACCGGCUGGCGUCCCAGUCGGCCUUUCCCCAUGGACAUGGCCGGCUUUGCUGUGUCCCUCAAACUGGUCCUGGCCAAUCCAGAGUCCUGUUUUGACGGAGAUGCACCAAUGGGCUUCCUGGAGAGCAGCUUCCUUCAGGGAUUGGUCACCAUGGACGAACUGGAGCCGAAAGCGGACAACUGCUCUAAAGUGCUGGUGUGGCACACACGGACAGAGAAACCCAAGAUGAAGAGAGAGGAGGCUCUGCAGGCUCAGGGACUUGGUUCAGACCGUGCAGUGGAGGUCUGAAGAGCGCACACACACACACACACACACACACACACACACACACACACACACACACACACACACACACACACACUCUGUCACAUUGUAAAGCGUACUCUGCCGUCUAAUGCUGCAUAUGUAACUCUGUGUUGUAAAUACUGUAAAACAGAAUGAUAAUCUGUUAGAGGUCACAUUUAAAUGUAUCUGGUCGUUUAUGUGUCGGGUAGUAAAUGUACGUGUGUGUGUGUGUGUGUGUGUAUAUAUUGAGUGAGUGUGUUGUUACAACAGUGUAUGUUAGUGUAUCUAUCAGGUUUUUUGUUUUGUUUUUAGUAUGUAAGGCAUCCUUGUCCAGGACAGUGGGCGAUGACUCUAGAGUUUAAACAUUUGCCUGAUGGGGGCGCCAGUUAGAACUUUUGUAACAUCUUGCUGUUACAUCACUCCUUUAAAGCUUGAGGAACGAUGCAUCUUACUAAAGACAUCCAUACUUACCUCAUACGGAGGCUUUCACAUGUUUACUUGUGCUCAAUAUAAAUCCUACAGUGUAACUCAUUCCUGAUGGCGCUUUGAUAUUUGUUUAUGGCUGAGCUUCAACAGGUGGCUCCAGCCUCCUGUCUCUGUUUCCUCAGCUGGUUGGAUCUGAUCUGUAACCUGUUUCAUCAGUGCAGCCACUAACAUCUUGAUACAUUUGCAAUAGAGUACUUUAUUCAUGCAUGGAUUCUACUUUUGCCUGAUUAGUGUCUGUAAGUCCGUAAUCAGCCAUAUAGAUGUGUUUUUAGUCACAAAUCAAAACAACACCAUCAUUGCAUGAUAAUAAGCUUUAUACAAUCUGUUUAUUCAAAAUGUCUGCAUUUGCUAUGCAGGUAAUACUAUUAUGGAGCAAAGGUGCAUUUUUUUAGACAGUAAACAAUAUUCAUAAAAAUACAUAACGUACAUGCAAACAUAUAUGCAUACGAAACGGACAAUUUAAUUAAGAAGAAUGCUUAAUAGUUGUUGCCUUGUAUUUGUUAUGCUCUCAUACACCUGUGUUCCACACACAAGUGGUGAAACUUAGCAACACUAUGCUGCAACACAGACAAUAACAAAUACAGAGACGCAUGGUUCCACACCCAGUGCAGCGUUAGUGUUAAAGCUCAGAGCGCAAAAUUUGGUUUCUGUGGUUUCAUUAAAAUAAAUAAUUCUAGCCAGAAUUUUUCUAUAUGUUUUACUUUUAGUGAUGCUUUUUAAAAAUGUAAGGCUUGUUGAAUCAAUUUAGAAGCCCUGAAUAAGGGAACAACACUACUGAAACUCAUGUAAACCCUUUAUGCAAUAAACUAAAAUACAUGACACGCUGUCCCUAUUACAUUUUCCUGCUUUAAUGACAAGAAAAAGACUUGAAUUGUUUGACUAGGAAAUCCCUGGUACUUUACAGAAGCAGUGGUGAAAUAUCUUCAAAUAUAAAUUGAACUACUUGAGCUGUGCUUGAUUAUUUUCCAUGACAUCCUCAGAAGUUGGAAGAAUAAAGAGCAAAAUAACAUGAUAGCUUAAACAAGUGCUCCUCGGCUACUGUUGUAUGAUAUUGUAAAAACAGCUAGUGCCUGCUUAAGUGUAAUUAGUGCCUGUAAGUCAAUUCUCUACUGGUGUAUUAUGUAUUUAUUAUGUAAUAGUGUUUAUUUACAGUGUACAAUGUGAUCAUUUCUGUCCUUCGCCUUGAAAAUAAACCAUGAUAAUGUAAAACAUAAAUCACUGUAUUUUGGUCUGUAGUUUACACUUAAGUUAUUCAUGCCUGUAAAUUGUUUUUAUCUUUGUUUUUAAUUUUAACUGUUUGCAAGAAGAAAUUGUCGGUCAUAUAAUGACUGUAGGUGCUAAUAUGUGGUCGGUGAUUGGGAGGAAUUUGCUGAAAGAGUCUGAAUAAAGUUGGAUUUUGU